AUGAAACCUCGAACCUCACAACCACUACGAAGCCGUCGUGCAAAGGGCUCUGCAGUCCGCGUACGGGUAGGGGCUAGAACCCAUAUUGCGUGUGUUGGCUGCAAAGACAGCAAAGUCAAAUGUGAUGGGCAGGUCCCAGCUUGUGGCAAUUGCCAGCGGCUUCAUCUUACUUGCGUCGUUCAAGACUCCUCGACGAAACGGCGUCAGGCUCGCGACUACCUGAAUCAAUUGGAGCAGCGCGUCAACUUACUAGAGGAGCAGCUGCGAGAGGCCAAUUCCGGCCAAGUACCGGUCCCUGGGCGCGAAUCCGACGCCUCUUGGGAUGCCGACUUUGAUCAGUCCGAGGGCGAUGACCUUGCAUCCAUAGAAGUUAUUAGCCAGUCAGGCACUGCGCUAAACGGCACCCGCAGACCGCGAUCGCCAUCCCAGCGCACCCCAGAAUCUUCGAGGCAUCUCAACACCGCAGAUAUUAUUGAGGAAAGAAUGCAAAUUGACGGCCAUCGGUCAUGGGGGUUCGUAAUCUAUCGCACCACCUACGCAAACGACGAAGACUGGGCGCGGUGUUUGAGCCGCAUUCAUGAGGCAACUCAAGAUUGCUUUGAGUUUUAUAAUGGACAAGACGUGCUCGACCUUAGACAAAGCACUAUUAUGGACAAUGUCCAGAUUUUUGAUGGCAUCGACUCACAUGCUAUACGAGAUCACUUUCGCCAAUGGGUUACUGAUAACCUUGUUGAAGAGCAAGGUGAACAGUCCCAAACUACGUCUUAUCUAUCACCCCGGUAUCGAUUUGCAAUUCAGAUUGAUGCCGAAGCACUUGGAUCCAUUGUCAACCAGCCUGACCUGACCUAUCUUAUGUUGCCUGUGGAUCAGAGAGGAUGGCUGAAAUUAAUUGAUGCGGACUGGCGUGCAGGACGUUGGUCUGCAGACGAAGGUUAUGAGGCUAUCGAAGGGAUUACACAGGAGGAUGUUGGGUGGAUGAAGCAACCUUGGUCAGACGUACACGGAAACCUUUAUGCUCGCUGCUAUGACCGUAAUUUCUGGCCUAUAUCCUAUGUGCGCCCUCCAGCUCUUGCUCAUUAA